AUGUCAUCCACAACAACCCGGCCAACCCGACCAGAAAACAUGACAAUCUGCUCCUCCUCCUCCUCCCAGCACAACCAAGAAGACCCAUCACCCCAGGACAUCAAACGGUUCCCCUGCCCUUCCCCAAAGACGCCCCGAUUCUCCGUUUUCUUCAGCACCAACCCAAUGCCCCAUUUCCCAUACAUAUUGGCGGGUCGCUGGCCAAGGUCGUCUACUUCACCCGUGCCGCCAACCACAAGGAAAACCCGCCCAAGUAAGCUGGCAGAGCAGAGCCUCCCCCAAAAGCUGAUCUCGACGGAGGAGAAACUGGGCACCCGGGAGCGGCCGGCUGGCAAGCAGUGCUCUCGCUCCCCUUCCCCCCAGUCCACCGGCCUCAAGCCACGCAACCUGCCCCACUCCUCCACCCAAUCCUCCGUCAGCCACCCCCACAGGAUCCUAAACCCCACUGUUGUCCGCGAAGAGCUCGAUAACAGCAGGGCCAGAUCAUUUGACCCGGCUCACCGCCAGCCCCCCAGCAGAUCCGCUCCACCAGGGCUCCUCUUCUCAGCUCACCAAUGGCAAACUCGCCUCGCUGACCAGAAUCAAGCUCGAAGACCCGUUCCGGAAUAA